AUGAACCCACUCUUCAUCCAGUCUUCCGUUCAAGCUGCGCCUGUUCAGUCCGAGUCGCAGGAGAUGACUCCUCUUGUGGACUUCGAGGUGAGCAUGUCCUUCUUUUGGAGCGCCUUUCCAACCGCGGGCUGACGCUUCUGAACACUCGUCCUCACCCGUCUCCAGAAGAAAGGUCCUCCCUCUUCUUCGAGCGGCUGCGUUGUAGCGCACUCUAACCUGGUCAACAUGGACGUGAGCACGGCCAGUCUGCGAGGAGCAUCAUCCAAUUUCGGACGCGCUGACGUCGAUGCUGCUUUAUUCUGUCUACAGCGCAAGGGCCAGCCCACUUACUGCGUGAUCGCUUAA